AGAGAGCCCGGCUGGAGCGCUGUGGCGCAUGCGCGGUGUGCUGUUGGCGUCUGCGGCAGAAGUACCCCAGCGGCGCGUCGGGAUGUGGUACGAAAUCCUACCCUCGGCGGCUAUUACAUACUUGGGGUUGAUCAUCCCCGGAAUUGCUACCGUCUACAUCCAGCGAUUUACAAACAACGGCAAGAAUAAAAGAAUGAUACGGGAUGUAAAAGACUGGCAAGCAUUGGAAAGAGAGAAACGUAUCUCCAGCACGGGAUUUAAGGGUUUGGAGAACAUUGACUAAAGCUACGGUGUGAAUAUUCUUAUUUCAUAAAAGCAGCUUAGCGUAAAUAAAACAAAAUCUAAAAGAAGUGUACAGUGAAAGUGUUACAAACAUGUGAGCAGGAAAGUAGGAUUCUAAAGCAAGGCCGCUACUAUGGCAAUAAAAAUACAGACAACAUAAUA